CCGAAGGGGAUGAUCGUGUGUUCCCGCGGGAAAAGUUUUCGAUCUUGUACAGUAAUAUAUAUUUCAGUUUGAACGCCAAAGUGGUGUCGAGUUGAUUUUAAACAAAUGUGAAUGUGUAAUUUGUGAAUUAAAUGCCUGUUCUGUACGCGUCGGCAAUGUGGUCUCGCAAACACUCCGUGUGUAGUGGGGUGAGCGGGGCCUCCAAGGGAGACGAUGACCUGGCCGGCAUCCAGCUAUACCCCUUCGCGAUAGCCUUGAGGGUCAGGGUGCUACAGAUUGUGUGUGGAAUCGCCGGACUGGUCGUCGGAGCAGUCGGCUGGCUGGAAGAGAGACAGAAGUUGGAGCUAGGCCUGGGAGUGCCGGCUGGGGCCGUCACCGUGCUCGCUGCAGCAACCUCGGUAUACUACAGUCGAGGCUUCGGCGGCUGGGUGUCAGCGAGGUCCCGCUCGAGCCGGCUCUGGGGCGCGCCCUGGAGGGCCCUGGGCCCCUCGCCCUGCGCCGCAAUACCGCUGACAUUACUGUGGACAGCCGCCGUCGGAGCUCACACAGCAAUGCUGGCGUUUUGUAUUAGGUCUCUUAUGAAUAUUGGGUGUGGCAGUACAACAUGUAUAGGUGUGGCCGGAGCACAGCUGUCUGUGUCCCUCACUACGUUAGCUGCGGCGAUAUUCAUGCUGCAGUUGGACUUGAGGUUCGACGCGUCACUCUCACCACCACCGAGGCAGUCAGACACUCAUAUAUGUACCGCUGUGUCUAUGGUACCAUUAACAUCAGUGGCUAUCAAUAGUGGCAACAGCGGAGAUGGUGAACCAGGGAACAGCCCAUUAAAUAAAGAGAAGGACCUUCAGCUCCCCAACGACCCUAAUUCCUGAUGCAGUGGCGCCGCGUGAAGGAAUUUCCGUAAACUAAUGGACCUUCCGUGUUUUAAAAUCCCCUGUGACUUUUGCGAAACCCUUUUUAACUCAAUAUUAAAAGGAGGAGGUUUUGUGGACAGUUUAUAGUGUAUCUUCGAUUGAUGUAAGAUGUGAACACGUUUCGGUGAUUCUGUUACCUUUUUAAAUAAAUGAUCACAUAAAACUUCAUUAUCUACUUUCUUCCUAGGAUGAAUAUAGUAGGAUAUUAUUCUAGUCAUUGACAUGUAAAAAACAAUCAUAUGAAACAUGACCCUUAUUUUCACGUCUAUGUAAAUAAAUUGUAUCAUAUUUUUGUAACAAAUAAAUCUGUAAUAAUAA